CUAAGCAUUCAAAGCGCCACCUUUUUCAUUCCGUCUCACACAUGGGGUCCAAGCCAGCGGCUGCUCAGCGAUCGCCGGAGCUGAAGCCGGAAAACCCUCGCAUUCCCCCUGUGCAGCAGAAAGAGGUUUUGUUAUUUGAGUGGUGGUUAAUGAAAGCUGAGAGGGAUUACAAUGGGAGGAGGCUGACUGUCGGCGGAUUCACUAAAAGGGGGGAAGCUGUGGGAAUUUUUAGAUCUGCCCCUAUUAUCAAACGUCACGACCACUGCACUCUCGAAACAGCAGAUGGAAUCAACAUAAAAAUUCAGGGUACUAUCAACAAAACUCGCACUAUCGAUAACGGGUUCCCUCUUGAGGCUUGCAAUGCUUUCCUUUUUGGAUUUCCUACUGCUUGGGAUAAAUUUACUGAGGAGUCCUCUGGGAACAAAUCUUCCAACUGGAGAAAUUUGGAACACCAGCCAAAGAAUAUAUUUGACCCGUCAUUCCAGCAGAAAACUGUCUUGCUGCGGAAUUGGUGGUUGAGGAAAGCUGAGAAGGGGUCUGAUGGAAUCAGAUUAGCAGUCGGCGGGUUCACCGAAUGUGGGAAAGCUAUGAGACUUUUUGACUCUUCCCCAAUUACCAAACGUCACGAUGCUUACACUCUUGAGACCUCAGAUGGGAUCACCAUAAGGAUUGAGGGAUUUAUUAACAAAAAACGCACUCUGGAUAACGGGUUUCCUCUUGAGGCUUGCAAAACAUUCUUGAUUGGUUUCCCUACUACUUGGACCGAUUUCGCCAAUGGCUCCUCUUGCGAGAAAUUGUCACAUGCUGAUAUUCCUGUGAGUGCUUCCAUGGGUGCUGAGUGGUCCAAGGAUCUUCUUGGACUUCCAGUUAAAUCGGAGAACACAAUUCUUAACAAUGAUCCUUCUACUUCGCUUCGUGAUUCCGACACAGGAUUCCUGAAUGCUAUACGCAGAUUCACUGCCUGGUUAUCAAUUUAUAAUAAUAUUCUACUGCAAGAUAAUGAAAGUUGUGGAGCUAAUAUGAGAGAUGUUCAUACUGAAGGAGCAGGCUGCCUUAAAGAUGAUUUACAUGUUGGUGCACCGGCACAAGAGGAAUCUCUCAAUCAUGAGAAACGGGAUGUUAUUAAAGAUGCAGCAUCAACCAUUUGUAAGAAAUACAAUGGAAAUGCAAAAGUAAGACCAGGUUUGCCAAAAGUAGAAAAUUUUCAAGUAGAAGAGCAGAAUAAUGCCAAGUUCAGAGCUAAACCUGUUAGAAGAAGUCCUAGAUUGAAGUCAUUAAACUCUAAAAAUGCUUGUGGAGAAUUUCAAGAUAAUUCUAUGUUCUUUAGCGGGACCAAUGAUGUAAACUGUGCUAACUUGGUACCUGAAGGAUCUAAAACUUGCACUAUAAGUCAUCCUACUGACACUUUAGCAGAAGGAUGCUCCUCAUCUCCAAUUAUAUGUGUAGAAGCUCAGAAGCUUGUCAAAUCUUUAGCCAAACCUGUUAGAAAAAGUGAGACUAAUAACACAAAUAAUGCUAACUUGUCAACUGACGGACCUGAAACUCAUGCAGUAAGCUCAGAAAGCCCCUUAUCUCAAACAUCUAGUAGCAUUCUCUUGCCAUCAGUCAGGCUGUUUUCAGAAGAAAAUCAAGAUGGCCAUCAACAUUCUAUUAACAUGGGUUUAGGGAUUACUCAAACCUCUAACUCUACUUCCAAAUAUGGCUUCUGUGAUGAUUCUGCCUCAACGGCCUGUUUGGGGCAAAAUUUAAAUGAUAAAAAAAAUUUAUUCUCUGAUGGUUUAGCAGGAUUAGUUGAAGUAACUCCUGCAAAUUCUAAAGUUAUAAUAACUUCACAAACUACGGAAAAAAGGAUUUUGAGGUGUAGUAGGACAAAGAAUGAUGAUCAAACUACCAGGAGCAGAAUGAAGGUCGAGCAGAAUGGGUCUAGAAAUCAGUCAUCUUGUACUAGUUUUAAAGAAAAGGCAAAAAAUGUUGAAGUUUCAACAGUGACUGAACAAGCUGCAGAUAAAGCAUCGCAUAAUAUGAGAUUCAGAACAGUUUGGGUAUCAAGCUAUAAAGAUUUUCAUGGUACACCAAUUACUCGAUCUAAGGAGAAAAAAUCAACUAUUACUACGCCUGAUUCAUCAAAUUUAAAGAGAUCAAGAUCAGGCCGAGUACUUAUUCCAAGGUUAGACUGUUCCAUCAGGGCUGUGUAUGAACCAGAUGGUUCAUUUUUUGGAACUGCUGCUGUGGGUGGCUCAUGUGGUGGAACUGCUGGCUCGUUGAUUUCAACUUCACCAUCCAAAGGGAGUGGAAAAUCGCUUCAUAGAAAGAAGCGUAAGAGGCAGCCAUAGAAGCCUCUUCCCAGGUAGCAGAGACCAGAACUCUGCUGCUGCUGCUGCUGCUGCUACUGCUGCAUGAUUUAAGGGUAAAUUUUGUGCAUACCACACAAUUCUCAUUUAUUGGCAUAUAUAUCACUUAAAGUUUAAUAUUUACUCUUUACGUCUUGAUGUCAUGAACUUAAAAUGUGUAUAUAUGUCACCUUGUUUACAUGCAGAUCUUUAAAUAUUUAAGAUUAUAUCAAAAAUAGAAUUACUACUUUUAAAAGUGAAAUGCACAUUUUCAUUCAAAGUCUUAUGGCACUGAAGUCUAUGGUAAAUAUUAAACUUUAGGUGAUAGAUUUGUAUAUGCAUAAGAAAUGUGUAGUAUUGAUGCAAAUUAUCUCUCAAGGUGUGUUUGGGGCGGCAGUGUGGUGGUGCAUCAUGUUUUUUUUUUAUUUGUCAAAAUUCGUUUUUGCCUAUUUUUUUUUAGAACUGCAGCUGAAAUCUGUGUUUUACCACCGGAUCUAGCUAUAUGUAGAACUGCUAGAAAGUUGCGGUUGAACUUUUUAUUUUUAUUUUUUUGGUUGUAACCGCCGUACUUUUUUCACUGUAGCAACUUCACAGCUGCAACUGCC